AUGCCCUCCUCGUCGGCAGCCCACGUUUCUGAGCCGACAGAGCGGACGCGCCUUCUCGACGAGGACGUCCCUCCGGUCAACACAGAGGCGUCCACGCUCCUCGAACCUCAGGCACCCGAGACAACCACCGUCAGCGACGACAAUGCGUCGUCACCCAGCAACCCGCUGCCAAAGCUGCAGAUCUUCCUGCUCUGCUACGCUCGCGUCAUGGAACCCAUCGCCUUCUUCUCUAUUUUCCCCUACAUCGCUCAAAUGGUCCAGCGCAACGGCCAGCUCCCCGAGGCCGACGUGGGAUUCUACUCUGGCCUCAUCGAGUCUCUCUUCUCUGCCGUCCAGAUGGUCGUCCUCAUCUUCUGGGGCAAGCUGGCCGACCGGUGCGGUCGAAAGCCCACGCUCAUCGCCAGCGUGGUCGGCAUGUGCUUCACGACCGCCAUGUUCGGCUUCACCCAGAAAAUCUGGCAGAUGAUGCUCACCAGAGCCCUCGCGGGCGUCUUCUCAGGCUCGGGGCUCAUCAUCAGGACGAUGAUUGCUGAGCAUAGCAAUGCCGAGACACAAGCUCGUGCUUUCAGUUGGUUCGCCUUUGCGGGAAACGUGGGCAUCUUCAUCGGACCUAUUGUCGGUGGCACCUUGGCUUCACCUGCGGAACAGUACCCUGACACAUUUGGCAGGUGGCAGUUCUUCACGGACUAUCCGUACGCCCUGCCAUCGGUUGCGUGCGGUGCCAUCUGCGCGACCGCGGUGCUAGUCCUUGCCCUGGGCCUUGAGGAGACCAUGCCCGACGAGGGCGUGAGCAACUUCAACGCCGCGAAGAAUGAGCGUCUCUCCUUCAACGAACUCCUCAAAUCGCCUGGCGUCGGUAUCGUGCUCUGGGUCUACAGCCACGUCAUGUUCCUCGCCUUUGCCUUCACAGCCAUCAUGCCCGUUGCCCUGUACACCCCAGUCGGCCUCGGUGGCCUCGGGCUGGGCCCUAAGCUAAUCUCCAUGUACAUGACACUCCAGGGCUUAUCGCAGGCUCUGUGGCUUCUGCUUGCCUUCCCCUGGAUCCAGCGCCGCAUCGGGACCAAGGGGGUCAUGACGACCGCAGGUGUGGCCUACCCCUUCUUCUUUGCGGGGUACAUCAUCAUCAAUCUGCUUCUCCGCGACGGCACGCACACGGCCAUGGUGAUUUUUUGGAUCUUCGCCGCCGUUCUUGUCUUCUUCGGUCCAGGCGUCUCCAUGGCCUUCACUGGCGCGCAGCUCGCGCUCAACGACGUGUCGCCGAACCCACAAGUACUGAGCACGCUCAAUGCGAUUGCGCUGACGGCGUCGAGUGGCAUCCGCGCCGUGUUCCCAGGCUUUGCCACAGCCAUCUAUGCAGUCGGUGUAAAGAACCAUAUCAUGCAGGGCCACCUCGCCUUGGGUGCUUCUGAUCCCGAUCGCCGUAGCCUACGGAGUUUGUGCGCGCUGGUUGCCCGAAGACAAGAAAACCAAGCCCACAAUUGA